GGAAAAUUUAAUGACUUUUUAUCGUGUCAAAAGCGGUUUUGUUGAGUCUGUUGAGUGAAAAUAAUUAAAUUUUCCACAUUUUCUUGGACUCAUUGUUGAGUUUUUUCUUUAAAAAGUAGACAAAAUAUUGCAAAGUUUUAUUCCCUGUUGAAGAGAAACGUAAAAAAUGAGAAUUUAGCGUAAAAUUUCCAUUUAUUUUGAAGUUUGAACUUUCUUUCAAGCAGAAAAAUCAAAGCAAGAAAAUAGGAAAAACAAAAAGAAAUGGAGGAAGAGAACAAGAAUUUCCUGUCGGAUGCGCAAAAAGCCAUCGUUUUAAAAUACCUCCAAAUAAAUCCGGAUUUAUUUGAGGAAGCCGUGGAAGCUGAUCCUAUUGAGGACACAACGGGUGAUACCCUUGUGGAGGAUAUGCUGGAGGAGUUGAAUUUGGAAGGUCAAACAGAGCUUCACAGUGACUACUGGUUUAAUGCCAUUGAGGUGUGGAAACAGAGUGUCCGGAAAGAUUACUUGCACGCCAAGAAAACUCGUACGAUUGUUGCCUCCUUUGAGGAUUUGCAGCUUCUUUUGCUCACGCAGGGUGACAUGGAGGAUGAGGUGACACCGGUAAAGCAGGAACGGAAGGUUACAUGCAGAAUUUGUACGAAUGAUAUCAACGAGAGGGACUCUUUUAAUCUUUUCACGUCAUUCGUGGAAAAUGUCUCUCUCGGAUAUAUCCUCAAUACCUGCACUCAAGUCACUCCGGUAGCCGAAGGAGAUGGCCUUCCGGAUACAAUUUGUUUCCAUUGUUCAACACUCUUGCGGAUGGUGCACAGUUUUAGGCAACUCUGUGAGAGAAGCGAUGAAAAGUUCCGCACAAAUAAGGGACUUAUUCAGCAGAAGAGGGAACCCCAGUCUGAUGAUGAAGCGAGUUUACCAUUCGAUACGGGUUUUCAAGACUACGAUGACUACCCCGUUGAGCGUGUAAAGACAGAGAUAAAUGAGGAAUCAAUGGAUUCCUCGGAAGAGAGUUCAAGCGACAGCUCAGUUGCAUCUGAUACAAUUGAGCAUUUUGAUAUGCCGAGUACAACGCAGGUGAAGAAGAAAAGGUCCCCACGGAAAAAGGCUCCGGAAGGCCAGAAAAAGAGAUCAAAGAAAGUAUUGGGGCCACAACAGUGUAAUGAUUGUGGGAAAAUCUUCCCCAGUAACUACAGGCUUCAGACACACCGGGAAAAUGUUCAUGCAACCGAAAAAUCCCACAGUUGCGACCUUUGUGGAAAAGCCUUCAACACAGCCAACAAACUUUCGGCUCAUUUGGUAUCUCACACCGAUGAACGGCCCUAUGUCUGCGAGACUUGUGGUAAAGGAUUUAGACUUUCUCAGGGACUAAGAACCCAUGAAUUGAGCCACUCACAGGAGAAAAAGUUCAAAUGUGAAUUCUGCCCCUUUGCUGGCAACACAAAAGCUUAUCUAAAGACGCACAUGAGGACACAUACCGGGGAACGACCAUUUGCUUGUGAACAAUGUGGCUUAGCCUUCAUUACGUACGGCCACAGAUCGAAGCAUGUUCGGAAUGUUCAUCAGAAGAUCCGGGAGCAUAAGUGUAAAAUAUGCGGAAAGGAAUUCUUCAAGAGGGAGAGUGCAAUGAAGCACAUUAUAACGCAUACAGGAGCAAAGCACUUCAGCUGUUCAGUGCCGGGAUGCAAUGUUGCUUAUGGAUGGUAUGCUGCUCUAAGGCGACACUACAUCAAAUUACAUCCUAAUGAAGAGAUGCCCAAGGAGAAUUCAUUCUUUAAACUUAUUGAAAACUCCUUUCAGGAUUAUGCGUCUUACUUUAAUUACAAUUCUGAGAGAGAAUCAACAUAAAAUUAGAAUUCGUUGCAAAGUUUAUUGAUAAACUUUAAAUUUUUCUUAUUUUUUUAUUUAAUUUUAAAAUAUUUUUUAUUUAAUUUUAAAAAUGAUUCUCUGAUACAUUAGGUAUUCUAUAACAUAUCUAGCCCAUCUAGAAUAUUUAAUACGAGGUAAAUUGUCGCUUCGCUCCAAUUUUCCUCGCCCCGCUUCGCGGGGGGUUUUGCGCUUCGCGCAAAUUUUAGAGAGAAAAAAUUGUGAUGAUUUAUAAGUAUGAUUGGGCACACUCAUCAAUCUCAAAAAAAAAAUUGCAAAGAGAAGAAAUCAUUUUCAUACAACAUUUCCGGCGCCAAAUUCAAAAAUUCGCAAAAAAAGCAUGAGAGUUAUAAGGGGGCUACCUGAAGGGGGGCUUUGGGGGGAAAAUGAAUACGGCCACUCGAAACCGCCUGUUAUAAGGAGCCUCUGUACCAAAUUUCAUCGCGAUCGGUCAAACGGUGUAGAUUUGUAUAGCCGAACACGACUGAUUACCAACAAACAGACCUUUCUUUAUUAUAUAGAU